UCAGUGGAUUGGCAAUGGAUCAUAUUGCUGGAUAUGCUUUUGGAGGACUGAGGCCUCACUCACCAAAUGAACACGUACUCAAUCCUAAUGUACUGGUCAUACACACUAUGAAGGGUAUUGAGGUCCUUCAUUUAUCAUCAGGGCGUCCAUUGUUCUCACUGCCCCUCUCCUCCACUCAUGCUGCCCAUGGGGACAUUAAUUCUGACGGAGUCAUUGAACACAUUAAUGCUGUCAUUAACCCUGGAGAAGAGUACAAGCCUGGUGAUAUCAUCAAUAAACAUGAUGAAAUGGACUGCUUUGGACAAGCUGUUUCUAGCAAUAACAAAGUAAGUACAUGUAUACUGAGACGGAUAUUCAGACACUCUGUGUGUAAAGCUACCCACUGGACUGAGACAUUCAUUGCAACUGAAAUUUUAAAUUAA